AUGGACAUCCUGAGCUUUGCAAAGGCUUGGAAAUGGCAAGUAAUUUUCCCUUUUUUUCUUUGUAGUUUGGGCUGGGCUUCUGGGCAGAUUCAUUAUUCAAUUAUUGAAGAGUCAGAACCAGGGACAGUUGUGGGAAAUUUUGCUCAGGAUCUAGGCUUAAACCUGGGAGAUAUCUCUAAACGCAGGUUACAUUUUGGAUCUGAUGGAAGCAGGAGACAUUUUGUUAUAAACAAAGCAAAUGCAGAUCUGACUGUAAAUGAAAGAAUUGACAGAGAAAGCCUGUGUGGAUCCAGCUUACGUUGUAUAUUAAAUUAUCAAGUGAUCACAGAAAAUCCCUUGGAGCUUUUCAAUGUAGAAAUUGAAGUAUUGGAUGUGAAUGACAAUGCUCCCUUUUUCUCAAAUACUAAUCGAAUUUUAAACAUCACAGAGGUAUUUACAAGCUCUGGUGCUCAGUUUCCCCUAGAAAUUGCAAAAGAUUUGGACGUGGGUAUUAAUGGAAUUAGUCAAUAUAGAUUAAACCCCAAUCCAUACUUUUCACUGUCAGUGAAAAAUCGCAAGGAUGGAACUCUUAUUCCUCAAUUAGUGUUAGAAAAAGCUCUUGAUAGAGAGGAAAAAACAGAACAUAUACUUACUCUGACUGCUAUUGAUGGUGGGGAACAGCCCAAAUCUGGGUCUUCUAUGAUAACUGUUAUAGUUUUAGAUAUUAAUGACAAUGCACCAGUAUUUCAUCAACCAAUUUUUAAAAUCAGUUUACUAGAAAACCCAAAUUUAAACCAAGUUAUAAUAGUCCUUAAUGCUACAGAUAUAGACGAGGGACCAAAUGGAGAAAUUGAAUAUUCUUUUGAUGACCAUACCUCUGAUUCAGCAUUAAAGCUAUUUGAUAUAAACUCACUAACUGGUGAAAUUUAUACUAAAGGAGUUGUGGAUUUUGAAGAAUGUAAUUUUUAUGAGUUAUCAAUUAGGGCAAAAGACAAAGGAGUUCCUAAAUUAGAAGGUAGUUGUCUAGUUCAAGUUGAAGUAGAAGAUGAAAAUGACAACCCCCCUGAAAUUAUAUUUACUUCCAUGUCAAAUAAUAUUCCCGAAAAUGCAGCUAUAGAAACUGCUGUUGGUUUCUUUACUGUAAGAGACAGAGAUUCUGGUAAAAAUGGAGAAGUAAAAAUAGAGGUUUCUCCAAAUUUGCCAUUUAAAGUUAAACUGUUUAAAAAUCACUAUUCACUGGUAAUAAGUGCAUCUCUGGAUAGGGAAAAGAUUUCUCAGUAUAAUAUUCAACUAACAGCAAAUGAUUUGGGAUCUCCACCAUUGCAUACACAAUAUAGUGUCAUUAUUAAUGUUUCAGAUAUCAAUGAUAAUCCUCCAAUAUUUUCUCAGUCUCAUUAUAAUGCUUUUAUAAAAGAAAACAAUGAGCCCGGCAGUUUAUUGUGCUCAGUGUCUGCUUUUGAUUUGGAUGAGGGAAUCAACACAGAAUUGGUUUACUCCAUAGUUGAUAGUCAGAUUGAUGGAUCUUCAGUUUUCUCUUUAGUUUACAUUAAUCCAAACUCUGGUAAUAUCUAUGCUCAGCGUGCCUUUGACUAUGAGCAUAUACAGGUUUUUCAGAUAAUAGUGAGAGUGGAAGACGCUGGGUCUCCAAAACUGUUUUCUAAUGCUUCAGUCAUAAUAUUUGUUUUGGAUGAAAAUGAUAAUGCACCCACAGUACUAUAUCCACAGUAUUCAAGUGAUGAUAUUUCCCAAGAGAAGAUUCCAAGAUCAGCAUCUGUUGGCUACUUGGUCACAAAAAUAUCUGCUGUGGAUUUGGAUUCAGGUCACAAUGCUUGGUUAGUUUUUAGGCUUGCUGAAGAUACUGAUUCUUUUGUGUUUGGAGUUUCUGCAUACACAGGAGAAAUCCGAACCCUUAGAAGUCUGGAUGAUUUAGAUACAAUUGAGCAACAACUUGUCAUUUUGAUUAGUGAUCAUGGGGAACCAUCUCUGUCAACUACAGUUACAAUUUUAAUAAAUAUAGUGGACAAUAUAUUUAAAGAAACUCCGAAAUCUCAUGAUUUUCUUGCAAAUUCCAAACCAACAUCAGAUUUAACAUUAUAUUUAAUUGUUUCUUUAGUAGCCAUCAGCUUAGUUUCAUUGGUGACUUUUAUCAUUUUACUUGCAAAAUGUUUGAAAAGAGAAAAUAGUUGUAACAGUGGCAUAUGCUGCUCUUUGGGCAGACCACAUUCUAAGCACCAAGCAGAACAGUACAAACCAACGCUUUAUUUAAACACAGAUGGGACAUUAAAGUAUAUGGAAGUAAGAAUGGUUCCACCAGAACCACAAGGACAAUGUUAUCAAACUUGCUUCCCCCCAGCAACAGAAACACACGAUUUUGCCUUCAUGAAACCUCUAAAUUUUCCUCAGCUGCAAAACGUGGUUAAUGAUAAUGACAACUUAUCUGGUACAACUUUGGUAAAUGAGGAUGUGCCAGUGCCUUUUAACAAUUCUCUUUACCAGGUUGUAAUCUACAUUAUACUCUUAGCAGCUAGUGAAAGCAUGGAUGAUAUAUUUGACUUUAGGGACAAAAUUUUCUUGGAUAUGAAAGACGAUAAUAUCCCACACAUUGACACAAUUUCACCUGAUAAAACCUCAGAUCUUAUGCAAAAAAUAAUCAACAGUAUAGAAAUGAAUAUUCACACAAUAAAACACAGGGACAUAAUCGACAGAACGAAUUUGGCACUAAUCGUCACUAUAGUCACAAUGGUUAUAAUGAAAGAUCAUGGUAUCCAAGAUAUGGGAACAGAAAUUAUCAAAACUGGGAACCAAGGUCAUAUAAUAAUUAUAACACUAACUACCAUCAAAGAGUUCCUUAUAAUAGGGAAAAAGAAUGGCAAUAUCCAAGAAGGCCCAAUAGAGCUGAUAACUUUAGUGAGGACAGUAAUAAUCACUAUGAACAAUGGAGGACCCCCACUUAUAAUCGCUUUGAUGCUUUUAGAGAAACUGAAGGUAGACUGUAACACAUAUAUUCAUGCUGAAAGCUGCCAUCUGAAUACUUGGAAAGAGAAUAUCCCUGUUGGACAGUGCCUAAGAAUUAGGAAAAACUGCUCAAGACUAAUUGACUUUGAACAACAGGUUGAGAUUCUAGAAGAAAGAUUUAAUUCUAGAGGCUAUGAUAAAGAACACACGAGAAAAGCCAUACAAAGGGCCACAAACACUGAGAGGGAGACCUUGUUGACAUAUAAAAUGAAAACUAAAGAUACUAAUGAUGAACAGAUUAAAGUACCCUUCAUUACAGAGUAUAAUGUAGAUUACAACCUGGUAAAGAGAAUUGUUAAAAGGCACUGGCACAUCCUAAAAGAGGAUAACAUCUUAGGAGAAAAAAUUCCAAGCAAUCCUACCUUUAUCUUUGAAAAAGCUACAAACUUAAAAUCGAUAUUAGCACCAAAUAUGGACUUAAGAAGCAUCUCAAAGGCUUGGAAAUGGCAAGUAGUAUAUUUGCUUCUUAUUUGUAGCUGGGGCUGGGUUACUGGGCAGCUUCGGUAUUCUAUUGUUGAGGAGUCAGAGCCUGGUUCAUUUGUGGGUAAUAUAGCCAAGGAUCUUGGAUUAAAAAUUGCAGAUCUAUCUAAACGCAGACUGCAUUUGGUAUCUGAAAGAAGCAGUAGAUAUUUUAUGGUAAAACAGGACAAUGGUAUACUCUCUGUGAAAGAAAGGAUUGAUAGAGAAAGCCUGUGUGAAUCCAUUCUAAGCUGUUUACUACAUACAGAAGCAGUGCUUGAAAAUCCACUAGAAUUGUUUAGUCUGGAAAUUGAAAUUUUGGACAUAAAUGAUAACUCUCCAACCUUUUCUACAUUUGAGCACAUUAUAAAAAUUACUGAAUUGUUGGAAAUUCCUGGUGCACAAUUUCCUCUAGAAAUUGCACAUGAUCCAGAUGUAGGCAUACACGGUGUUAAUCAGUAUACAUUAAAUUCAAACAUAUAUUUUUCAUUGUCUAUAAAGCAUCGCAAGGAUGGAACUCUUAUUCCCCAACUGGUUUUAGAAAAGGUUUUAGACAGGGAAGAAACAAAUGCACAUCAACUUAUCCUCACUGCUUUUGAUGGUGGAGAACCCAGAAGGUCAGGAUCAUGUAAGAUAACAGUUUUGGUUGUAGACAUUAAUGACAAUGCACCAGUAUUCGAUCAGGCAAUUUAUAAGAUCAAUUUACAGGAAAAUAUUCCUUUGAAAACAGUUAUUGCAAGACUGAAUGCUACAGAUUUAGAUGAGGGUCUAAAUGGUGAAAUUGAAUAUUCAUUUAAUGAUCACACAUUAGUGUCUGCAAAAGAGAUUUUUGGUUUAAAUGCAGAGACAGGAGAAAUUUACAUCAAUGACAUUAUUGAUUUUGAAAAACGUAAUUUUUAUGAAUUAUCUAUCAAGGCAUAUGAUAAAGGGUUACCUAAAUUGGAAAGACAUUGUCUUAUUCAGGUGGAAAUAGAAGAUGUAAAUGAUAACCCUCCUGAAAUCACUAUUAGUUCAAUGAUUAAUGAAAUACCAGAGAAUGCAGCAUUAGGAACAGUUGUUGGAUUUCUCAGUGUAAAAGAUAAAGAUGCUGGUAAAAAUGGAGAAGUCCAAUUACAAUUGUCUCCAAGCAUUCCAUUUAAGUUUAAGCCUUUCAAUAAUCGUUAUUCUUUAUUGACUGAUGGGUAUUUAGAUAGAGAAAAAAAUUCUCAAUAUAUUAUUACAUUUAUUGCUUCUGAUAUGGGCUCUCCACCUUUAAAAACACAGGCAACAAUCAUCCUAAAUGUUUCAGACAUUAAUGACAAUUGUCCAACAUUUUUGCAAACCACUUAUAGUGCAUUAAUAAAAGAAAAUAAUGAGCCAGGUGCUUUAUUAUGUACGGUGUCUGCUUCUGAUUUAGAUGACGGAAUUAAUUCAGACAUGGUUUACUCAAUAAUUGAAAGCAAAAUAGAUGGUUCUUCAGCAUCAUCUUUUGUGUACAUUAACACAAAUAAUGGCAAUAUUUAUUCCCAGCGUUCAUUUGAUUAUGAGCAAAUGCAACUUUUGCAAAUUACUGUUAAAGUACAGGAUUCAGGAGUUCCACAGUUAUCCUCAAAUGCUUCUGUAUUUAUAUUUGUCUUGGAUACAAAUGAUAAUUACCCUACUGUAAUUUACCCCGACCAUUUAAAAGAACAUGAAGUUCAAGAGAAAAUUCCAAUAUCAGCAUCUAUAGGAUAUUUACUUACAAAAAUAUCAGCUUUGGAUUUAGAUUCUGGUUACAAUGCUUGGCUCCUGUACAACCUUAUAGAUGCUUCCAAUCCCACUUUAUUUAGAAUAUCAGAAUACACUGGAGAAAUCAGAACUAAUAGAGAAAUUCAAGAGACAGAUAAUAUUGAGCAGCGGCUUGUUAUUUCAAUCAGUGACCAUGGAACUCCAUCUUUGACAACAACAUUUACCAUCCAGGUAUAUAUAGUGGACAAUAUUGUUCAAGAAAUUCCCAAAGAAAGUGAAUUUCUUACAAAUUCCAGUCCUGCAUCAGACGUGACUUUGUAUCUUAUUGUUUCACUAGUAGCUAUUAGCUUAGUUUCACUUCUUACAUUCACCAUAUUAAUAGUAAAAUGCCUUAAAAAAGAAUAUAACGACAUUCAAGGGUGUUGUUUUAUAAAGAGACCACAUUCCAGCCAGUAUAUUGAUCAGUUUAAGCCAACCCUUUAUUUAAACACAGACGGAACCCUAAAAUACAUGGAAGUAAGGAUGGUUCCAUCUGAUCCACAAGCACAAUGCUAUCAAACAUAUCUUCCACCAGCUACUGAAAAAAAUGACUUCACCUUUAUGAAGCAAAAAUAUUUUCCACAGCUAAAGGAUGAAACUGCACCUGAAGCAAAAUGCUUGAAUGAGUUAUCUCAGAUUGGGAUGGAACUAGCGUGGUCAUGGAUAGGGACUAGAUUGGGCUACCUUCAGUCUUUAGACUGGAUGAUGGCCUCAGAUCUUUAUAUGGACAUCACAAGCUCUCUAAAGGCUUUUAAAUGGCAGGUAGUAUUCUUAUUCCUUUGUAGCUGGGGUUGGGUCUAUGGACAGCUUCGUUAUUCUGUUGUCGAAGAGUCAGAGCCAGGGACAUUGGUAGAGAAUUUAGCUAAAGAUCUAGGAUUAAGUGUUUUAGAUUUAAAUAAACGGCACUUGGCUUUAGGAUCUGAAAAGAACAGCAGAUUUUUUGCAAUAAAUGAAAAAAAUGGAGCUUUAACAGUAAAGGAAAGGAUUGAUAGAGAAAUACUGUGUGGAUCCAGUUUAAGCUGUUUGCUGCAUUUAGAGGUGGUAACUGAAAAUCCUUUAGAACUGUUCAGUUUGGAAGUUGAAAUUUUGGAUAUAAAUGAUAAUUCUCCUACAUUUGCAAGCAAAAGCCAAGUCCUAAAACUUAUAGAGCAAGUGGCCACUCCUGCAGCUCGAUUUCCUUUGGAAACUGCACAAGACCCAGAUGUAGGUGUUAAUAGUAUCACUCAGUACAGACUUAAUCCAAAUCCAUUCUUUUCUUUGUUUAUAAACAAGCGCAAAGAUGGGAUAAUUGUUCCAGAACUGAUAUUAGAAAAAAAUUUAGAUAGAGAAGAAAAAGGUGAACACCGACUCAUCCUUUCUGCUUUUGAUGGAGGGGAAAAACCUCAGUCAGGAUAUACUGAAGUGACCGUAAUAGUGUAUGACAUUAAUGACAAUGCACCAGUGUUUGAGCAAUCAACUUACAAGGUUAGUGUUCUGGAAAAUAUCCCUUUAAAUACAAUUAUUAUAAGACUAAAUGCCACAGAUCUGGAUGAGGGCUCUAAUGGGGCAAUUCAGUAUGGUUUUGAUCAUCAUACCAUACAAAAAGCAAGAGAAAUAUUUGCUUUAAACUCAGAAACAGGAGAAAUUUAUGUUAAUGGGAAUGUGGAUUUUGAAGAAUUACAUUUUUAUGAAUUAUCUGUCAGAGCUAUAGACAAAGGAAUACCUGAACUGAAUGGGCAUUGUCUUAUCCACAUUGAAGUGCAAGAUGCAAAUGAUAAUACCCCAGAAAUUAUAUUUACCCAAAAAAAUAAUGACAUACCUGAAAAUGCACCACUAGGAACUGUAGUUGGCUUUAUAACUGUAAGGGAUAAGGAUUCUGGUCAGAAUGGAGAGAUUAAAUUACAGGUGUCUCCAAAUAUACCUUUUAAAUGUCAGCCAUUUAAACACAGAUAUUCAUUAGUCACUAAUGGAUAUCUGGAUAGAGAGAAGGUAUCUCAAUAUAUUAUUCAGGUUACUGCAUCUGAUUUAGGUUCUCCUUCUUUGCAUAACCAGACUACCAUUAUCCUUAAUAUUUCUGAUGUUAAUGAUAAUCCUCCAGUAUUUCUCCAGUCAGAUUACAUUGCUUUGAUAAAAGAAAACAAUGAGCCUGGUAGUUUACUGUGUGCUGUAUCUGCUAUUGAUCCAGAUGAGGGAGUUAAUUCAAACUUGAUUUACUCUAUAGCUAACAGUCAGAUAGAUGGUUCUGCCAUCUCCUCUUUUGUGUACAUCAACUCUCAUAAUGGUAAUAUUUAUGCACAACGUUCUUUUGACUAUGAACAAUUUCAAGUACUACAAGUAAUUGCAAGAGUUGAAGAUUCUGGGACACCAAAAUUAUUUUCUAAUGCUUCAAUCUCCAUAUUCAUUUUGGAUACAAAUGAUAAUGUCCCAGCUAUAUUAUAUCCUGAAUUUUCAAGGGAGCUCAAUGCACAGGAAAAAAUUCCAAAAUCAGCAUCUGUUGGUUAUUUGGUCACAAAAGUGUCUGCUGUGGAUCAAGAUUCAGGUCAUAAUGCUUGGCUUAUCUAUAGUCUUCUUGAAUCUACUAGUAACAGUUUAUUUCAGAUCUCAGCAAGCACAGGAGAAAUCAGAACUAUUCGUGAUAUCCAAGAAGCAGAUAAUAAUGAACAGAGACUUGUCAUUUUAGUCAGUGACCAUGGGAUGCCAUCUUUGUCAUCUACAAUCACUAUGCAUAUAAAUAUAGUAGAAAAUAUAGCACUAGAAAGUACAGAAUCACAGGAUUUGGUCACACAUUCUAGAUCAGCACCAGACUUGACUUUAUACUUAAUUGUUUCACUGGUGGCAAUCAGCUUGGUUUCAAUUAUUACUUUCAUCAUAUUAUUUGUGAAAUGCCUAAGAAGUGGAAAUUAUGAUAACAGUUGUGGUGUUUGUUUUCUGAGCAAUUCCCAUUCCAAGCAGUAUGCAGGAGAGUGUCAGCCAAAGCUUUUUUUAAACUCAGAUGGAACACUUAAAUUUAUGGAAGUGAGGAUGGCACCUACAGAACCUCAAGGACAAUGCUAUCAGGCUUGUUUUAAUUCAGCAGUUGAAAAAAAUGACUUCAACUUCAUGAAGCCACUUUACUUUCCUAAUCUGAAAGAUCUGUCAAAUGAGACAGAGGGUGCCUCUGAUGCAAAGUACUCAUUUGAACCAAACCAGUGGAAGGGUCAACAUGUCAAUAUAAUGCAGACAAGAGCAGAGUUGAUGGGUCAGAUCUGUGCCCCUCUCACUGAGAGGAGACACAAGUAUGUUAAAGAGUCAGCUUUCACUGGGGUGUGGUCUUAUUCAGACAGCAUGUGUACAUUUUCCUGGCAGACAGCUUUGUAG